UCCAAGACUUUCAUCCGCCUUAAUGACCUGUCCGGGAAUGGAGGUCGCUCGGGUCCAGGGGACAAGGACGCAGGAAGUGGGGACUCGGAGGUGGAGGGGCUCCCCUACCCGGCUCUGGCCCCGGUCGUCUUCUUUUAUCUGAGCCAGGAGAGCAGACCCAGGAGCUGGUGCCUUCGGGUGGUGUGCAACCCCUGGUUCGAAAGGCUCAGCAUGCUGGUGAUUCUCCUCAACUGUGUGACGCUGGGCAUGUUCCACCCCUGUGAAGACAUGGCCUGUGAUUCCCCGCGCUGCAGGAUUCUCCAGAGCUUUGAUGACUUCAUCUUUGCCUUCUUUGCUGUGGAGAUGAUAGUCAAGAUGAUUGCACUAGGGAUUUUCGGGAAGAAGUGCUACCUGGGAGAUACGUGGAAUCGCCUGGAUUUUUUCAUUGUCAUAGCCGGCAUGCUGGAAUACUCCCUGGACUUGCAGAAUGUCAGUUUCUCAGCUGUUCGGACUGUCCGAGUACUUCGGCCACUCAGAGCCAUUAACAGAGUUCCCAGUAUGCGCAUCCUGGUCACGCUGCUCUUGGACACACUGCCCAUGCUGGGGAACGUCCUCCUCCUCUGUUUCUUUGUCUUCUUUAUCUUUGGCAUCGUGGGAGUCCAGCUGUGGGCAGGGUUGCUCAGGAACCGCUGCUUCCUACCUGAGAACUUCAGUCUGCCCUACACGGUAGAGUUGGAAAGAUACUAUCAGACAGAGAAUGAGGAUGAAAAUCCCUUCAUCUGCUCCCAGCCUCGGGAGAAUGGAAUGCGUUACUGCCGCAGUAUCCCGACACAGAGGGAAGAAGGCCUGGAGUGCACCCUGGACUUUUACGCCUAUAACGACACCACUAACACCUCCUGCGUCAAUUGGAACCAGUAUUACACCAACUGUUCUGCUGGGGAACACAACCCCUUCAAAGGAGCAAUCAACUUUGACAACAUUGGAUAUGCAUGGAUCGCAAUAUUUCAGGUCAUCACGCUGGAGGGCUGGGUGGACAUCAUGUACUUCGUCAUGGAUGCUCACUCCUUCUACAAUUUCAUCUACUUCAUCCUUCUGAUCAUCGUGGGCUCCUUCUUCAUGAUCAACCUCUGCUUAGUAGUCAUCGCCACCCAGUUCUCUGAGACUAAGCAGCGAGAGAGCCAGCUGAUGAAAGAGCAGCGGGUCCGUUACCUAUCCAAUGCCAGCACGCUGGCCAGUUUUUCGGAGCCGGGUAGCUGCUAUGAUGAACUUCUCAAAUAUCUGGUUUACGUUGCCCGUAAGGCCAGCAAACAGGUGGUCAAAGGCUAUAGAGAGGCAGGGUUCAAAAUGGGUCUCCUCUCCAGCCCGAGGAAUAAGAGUGGGGCCGAGAGGCAGCCAUGCAAACAUCGGCAGAGGAAAAGGUCAUCAGUGCAUCAUCUGAUUCACCAUCACCACCACCACCACCACCACUACCACCUGGGUAAUGGGAACCUGCGGGCACCACACGCCAGCCCUGAGAUCAGCGAUGUGGAAACCAGCUCACUCCACAAUGGCACCAACAGGCUCAUGCUCCCUCCCACAACAUCUAAUCCCCAUGCUGCCCCCAAUGCUGCUGCCAGCAACACAGAGUCCGUGCACAGCAUCUACCAUGCAGAUUGCCACUUUGAGCCCAUCCACUGCAGGUCAUCCCUCCCUCAGCCUGGCUUGAGUUUACCAAGCCCAGAGGGGCUCCCCAAGAAUGUGGUUGGCAGGAAGGUCUAUCCCACCGUACACCCAAGCACCUCCCACGAGAUGGUGAAAGAGAAAAACGUAGCAGAUUCUACAGUGAACCCUGGAGCCAGCACGCUAACCAACCUUAAUAUCCCUCCUGGGCCGUACAGCACCAUGCACAAGCUCCUGGAGACCCAGAGUACUGGUGCCUGUCAAAGUUCUUGCAAGAUUUCUAGCCAGUGUGGCAAACUGGACAGUGGUUCCUGCAACCCAGACAGCUGCCCCUACUGCAUCAAGACUCAGGCUCGUGACUUGGAGCUCACGGACAAUGAGACGGCGGACUCGGACAGCGAGGGGGUGUAUGAAUUCACCCAGGACGCCCACUACAGCGACCAGAGGGACCCUCAGCGAGGGAAAACCAGGGGCAGGAAAACCAGCCAAAUCCUGGCUUUCUGGAAAGUGGUUUGUGACACAUUCCGGAAGAUCGUGGACAGCAAGUACUUUGGCCGGGGGAUCAUGAUUGCCAUUCUGAUCAACACCCUCAGCAUGGGGAUUGAGUACCACGAGCAGCCUGAGGAACUCACCAAUGCCUUGGAGAUCAGCAAUAUUGUCUUCACAAGCCUCUUUGCCCUGGAGAUGCUGCUGAAAGUCCUCGUGUAUGGUCCAUUUGGCUACAUCAAAAAUCCAUACAACAUCUUUGAUGGGAUCAUUGUAGUGAUCAGCGUCUGGGAGAUAGUGGGACAGCAAGGCGGGGGCUUGUCAGUUCUGCGGACGUUCCGUCUCAUGCGAGUCCUGAAGCUGGUCCGCUUCAUGCCUGCCCUGCAGCGCCAGCUAGUGGUCCUUAUGAAGACCAUGGACAACGUGGCCACCUUCUGCAUGUUACUGAUGCUUUUCAUCUUCAUCUUUAGUAUCCUGGGGAUGCAUCUCUUCGGCUGUAAGUUUGCUUCGGAGCGAGAUGGAGACACCCUGCCGGACAGGAAGAAUUUUGACUCCUUGCUGUGGGCCAUCGUCACGGUUUUCCAGAUUCUGACUCAAGAAGACUGGAACAAGGUCCUCUACAACGGCAUGGCAUCUACCUCUUCCUGGGCUGCUCUCUACUUCAUCGCCCUUAUGACGUUUGGGAAUUACGUUCUCUUUAAUCUAUUGGUGGCCAUCCUGGUGGAAGGUUUCCAGACUGAGGAAAUCACCAAGCGAGAAGAUGCGAGUGGGCAGUUAAGCUGUAUUCAGCUGCCUGUCGACUCGUCGGUGGGAGAUGCUUCUAAGUCUGAUUCUGAGGGGGAUCUUUUCCCUCAUAGCCUGGAAGAAGAGGGUGGACUUAAGAAAAACGUGUCAAACCCAGCCUUGAUGGUACUGAGCGACCUCCCAGAACUGAAGAAGAGUCUGACCCCGCCCCUCAUCAUCCACACAGCUGCCACCCCAAUGCCAAUGCCAAAAAGUGCCGUGUUCGGAGAUGCAGCUCGGGGCUAUGAAUCUCGCAGGGCCAGCAGUGUCUCCAUGGAUCCCAAUGCCUAUGAACUCAAAUCACCGUCCAGCAUACAGAGCUCCCCCCACAGCCCUUGGAGCGCAGCCAGCAGCUGGAAUAGUCGCCGGUCAAGCUGGAAUAGCCUGGGGCGGGCUCCCAGCCUGAAACGCCGGAGCCAGAGUGGGGAGCGCAAGUCCCUCUUGUCUGGGAAUGGGAAGGAGAGUUCGGAGGAAGGGGAAAGCUCGGACGAGGAGAGGUCCAGCCGGGCUGGGAGCGUCAAUGGCUCUUUACCUCACCGCAUGGCGUCGCUGGAAACUAAAGGCUCGUUCGAUCUCCAAGAUACCUUGCAGGUGCCUUCCCUGUACCGAACCAGCAGCAUGCACAGCAGCCGGACCGCUGCAUCAGAGCAUCACGACUGCAAUGGGAAAACCUCCCCAGGAGUCUUGUUACAGCAGCUCCAGAUGGAUGAUGAUGACGCUGAUGAUGAAGGCAACCUGAGCAAAAGCGAGCGUAUGAAGGCUUGGAUAAGGGCACACCUACCUUCCUGGUGCAAAGAAAGGGAUUCCUGGUCUAUCUACAUCUUUGCUCCUCACUCUAAAUUCCGUCUGAUGUGCAAUAAAAUCAUCACUCACAAGAUGUUUGAUCAUAUCGUCUUGGUUAUUAUUUUCCUGAACUGCAUUACCAUUGCCAUGGAACGGCCAAAAAUUGAGCCCCACAGUGCUGAACGAAUUUUCCUAACACUGUCCAACUACAUCUUCACGGUAAUCUUCCUGGCUGAGAUGACAGUUAAGGUGGUGGCGCUCGGCUUGUGCUUUGGGGAGAAGGCCUACCUGAAGAGCAGUUGGAAUGUGCUCGAUGGGGUGUUGGUUCUCAUCUCGGUCAUUGACAUCCUGGUUUCAUUGGUAUCGGACAGCGGCACUAAAAUUCUUGGAAUGCUGAGGGUCUUGAGGCUGCUGCGAACGCUCAGGCCAUUAAGGGUCAUUAGUCGAGCACAAGGACUGAAGCUGGUGGUGGAAACCCUGAUGUCAUCCCUGAAGCCUAUUGGGAACAUUGUGGUCAUCUGUUGCGCGUUCUUCAUCAUCUUUGGAAUCUUGGGAGUCCAGCUUUUCAAAGGGAAGUUUUUUGUCUGCCAAGGGGAGGAUACCAGAAACAUCACAAACAAAUCAGACUGUGCAGAAGCCAGCUACAAAUGGGUCCGGCACAAGUAUAAUUUUGAUAAUCUCGGCCAGGCCCUGAUGUCUCUGUUUGUUCUGGCCUCCAAAGAUGGGUGGGUGGACAUCAUGUAUGAUGGCCUCGAUGCUGUAGGAGUUGACCAGCAGCCAGUUAUGAACUAUAACCCUUGGAUGCUCCUCUACUUCAUCUCCUUCCUGCUGAUUGUGGCCUUCUUCGUCCUCAACAUGUUCGUGGGGGUCGUGGUGGAGAAUUUCCACAAGUGUCGGCAGCACCAGGAGGAGGAAGAAGCCAAGAGACGGGAGGAGAAGAGACUUCGCCGGCUGGAGAAAAAGAGAAGGAAUCUAAUGCUGGAUGAUGUAAUAAUGGAGAGCUCAGCCAGUGCAGUGCAAGAAGCCCAGUGUAAACCCUACUAUUCCGAUUACUCUCGCUUCCGGCUCCUGAUCCACCAGAUGUGCACGAGCCAUUACCUGGAUUUGUUCAUCACUGGAGUGAUCGGCCUCAAUGUGAUCACCAUGGCCAUGGAGCACUACCAGCAGCCGAAGGUUCUUGAUGAGGCACUGAAGAUUUGCAAUUACAUCUUCACUGUCAUCUUUGUCUUGGAAUCUGUUUUCAAGCUGAUUGCCUUUGGGUUUCGCCGGUUCUUUCAAGACAGAUGGAACCAAUUAGACCUGGCAAUAGUGCUGCUGUCUAUCAUGGGUAUCACUUUGGAGGAGAUUGAGGUGAAUGCAUCGUUGCCCAUUAACCCCACCAUUAUCCGGAUAAUGAGGGUGCUAAGGAUUGCUCGAGUGUUAAAGUUACUGAAGAUGGCUGUAGGGAUGAGAGCCCUGCUGGACACCGUCAUGCAAGCACUGCCUCAGGUGGGGAAUCUCGGUCUUCUCUUCAUGUUGUUGUUUUUCAUAUUUGCAGCUCUUGGAGUGGAGCUAUUUGGCGACCUUGAAUGCGAUGACACUCACCACUGUGAGGGGCUAGGGCGGCACGCCACUUUUAGAAACUUUGGGAUGGCCUUUUUAACUCUCUUCCGGGUCUCAACAGGAGACAAUUGGAAUGGGAUAAUGAAGGACACGUUGCGUGACUGCGACCCGGAGUCCACCUGUUACAACACAGUCAUCUCGCCCAUGUACUUUGUCUCCUUUGUGUUGACGGCCCAGUUCGUCCUGGUGAACGUGGUGAUUGCAGUGCUCAUGAAGCACCUGGAAGAGAGCAACAAGGAAGCCAAAGAGGAAGCAGAGCUGGAAGCGGAGCUGGAGAUGGAAAUGAAAACUAUCACCCCAGGCCCAAUCCCAGCCUCGGACCUCUUUGCAUGGACAGGCGGUAAUGGUGGAGAAAGACCUGAGAGCCCCAGAGGAUGUACCAAUCCCAUGCAAUUCAAGGUGGAUUCUCAGCUCUCAUUAUUUUAUCCUAUGGAAAGACACUUGUUUGAUACCAUAUCACUGCUGAUCCAGGAAUCUCUGGAAGGAGAGUUGAAGCUGAUGGACAACCUGUCAGGCUCUGUGUGCCAUCAUUAUGCCCUUCCAGCUCCUGAAUAUUACAACUCUGAGAAACAGAUCCCUCUAGCUGAGAUGGAGGCUCUGUCUCUGACGUCAGAUAUUCUCUCUGAAAAGUCCUGGUCCUUAGCUCUGACGGAUGACUCUUUUCCUGAUGAUACUAACACACUCUUACUUAAUGCUCUGGAAAGCAAUACUGAUCACCUCUCCAAAGAUGACACUCUGACACUGUCCCCCAGCAAGGACUUGCUGAGUGUGAGAAAGCCUUCCGUAGGUCGCACCCACUCUUUGCCAAAUGACAGCUACAUGUUCCAGCCUCCAUACGCUGGCUCCUGUGCCAACUCCCAGGCCGAGAGGAACGCAUCUCAUCAGAAAUCGCAGUCAGGUUCAACGGCCUCCGUGCAGUCGCAGCCUGCUGACACCAGUUCUCUCCUGCAAAUCCCAAAAGAUCAUUUUCACCACAUAAGACCUCAUGGCAAUUUGGACUGGGAAAGCAAAUCCAAGAUCCCCCCAACUGUGCAUUCUCCCUCUGCAGAAAGAUUACUUCGUAGGCAGGUGGCAAUAAGGAAUGACUCCUUGGACAUGUAUUGCUGUGAAAGCAAAGAGAAUUUGCAUGCUGAGGUGAAUGAACUCUCUGAUACAAAUGUGCCAGCUGGAUCCAUAGAGGACCCGUCAGAAGCAAGUGAAUCGGCCUGCUGGGGCCGAUCAAGUGUUCGCACUCAGCAUUCCCACAAUCGGUAUAAUAUAUCCAAGCACACACCAGCUUUGUGUGCAUGUACAGGCUCAUAUCAAGAGACACUUAGAGACUCGAUGGACCAAGAAGUAUCUGAAAUAAACAUCUCUUUGGAGCCUUUCACUUCAGGAACUUGUACAGCCUUGAGUGCCUGUUCAGUGGUUCCACCUCUAACUCCUAAGAGGAACAUAGGCAAUAGCAGCAAUGUUACUUUGAAGGACCUGAAGAAAUACUACAGUGUAGAUACCCAGGGUCUUCUCAGAAAACCGUCAUCUUGGUUAGAUGAUCAAAGGAGACAUUCAAUAGAAAUUUGUUCCAUGCAAAACAGCCCUCAGCACCAUUCCACAUCUAGCUCUUCUGGCUUCAUAAGUCAGGUCUUAAGUGAAAUGGAAGGCUUGCAAGGAGCCCGGCAGAAGAAAAAACUGAGCCCCCCGUGUAUAUCUAUAGAUCCACCAGAUGGACAAAGUUUGUUACCUAGAGGAUCUCAUGGUAUUUCACCUCCCAGUGCAGACAUUUGCUUGCGAAGGCGUGCGCCAUCUUGUGAUUCCAAGGACUCAAUGGAUAUAGGAGAUUCGCUGCUUCCAGACAGUAUGUCAACAUCUCCUACCCCAAAGACAGACUUGUUGACACUUCCUAGUUUUUCCUUUGAUCGAGCAGAAAUGGACCCCUGA